AUGUACCUCAUUUUACAGAAAGAGCUCACCCACACGAUCCUGCUCCACCCUUCGUGCUUCGGACCCUGCAUACUCCAAUUCUUGGAGUCCAAGCUGUGCGCAGACGUCAAAGGUACAUGCUCAGGUCAAUAUGGCUACAUUAUCGCUGCAGUCUCGAUCCUGGACACCGACAGAGGAAUAGACAUCGGCAGAAGUGAACAGGCUGAGUUUGUCACGCGACCCCUACAAGUUUUCGUAUCACAUCAGCUUAUACUCAUAUUUGCUAACAUGAAAUUUAACCUCAUCUCUAAGCUUCUGUCAUUUGCUUCAGAUGACCAUAUCAUCGAGAAAAAUACGCGCGUGCGAUUGAAGAUCAUCGGUACUCGUUUCGCUAUAGGCACGAUUAAGGAAGAUCAUCUGGGCGUGAUUGAUUAG